UUUAAAUUUGUAACUGUCAAUUUUCCAGUGCUGUUGUGUCAAUUGUCAGUUGUCAUGCUGAGGUGAGAGUACAAAAAUUACAACUGUGUUGCUAAUUGUAGAAGUAAGUUUCUGUGGAAGUUUCUCGAAUUUUUCUGUACCAAUUUGAAGAUGGAAUUUCAAUCAUCACGUUUACCUUUAAACAAUGUGAUUAUUAACACAGGCAAUUUAUUAUCAUUGAAUGAUAUCACCAAGAAACCUGGGCAAAAUACCACGGAAGAGUUGGUGGAGGCGCUUACCAUCACGCUGAAAGAUUUUCAAAGUACCAACAAAAUUGAUUCAAUCGAGGACCAUCACCUGACGAUAACUAGACCGUUUGAAGAUUUGGCAAGCAAAAUUGCGGAGCAUGAGAUUAAUGAUCUUAAGAUUGGACUAAAGAUAUUUGUAGAGAAUGAUAAAGAGCAACAAAUGGUGGAAGCUAUAGAAAAAACUUUUAAGGCCUUGAAUAUAAGCUCGGUUCAAAACGUCAUACUCUCCUACAAUAACAAACAGAGUGAAGGGCAAAAUGAUGUCAUUGGAAAAAUAAAGAAUAUCUGGCAAACUUUGGAAAAAUUCGUUCAAGAGAAAAAGAUAUUGCAAAUUGGAAUAUCGGACGUUGAAGAGCUGGCUUUUAGAACUCUAUACGAAUGGGCUACUGUGAAACCUAGUAUUAUUCAAAUAAAUUUGGCAUCAUGUUGCGUGGUUCCGCCAACAUUACAGACUUUUUGCAAAGAUAAUGAAGUGCAACUGUUGACGCACAGUGAUCCUAAUGAUAUUUUACCAGAACAGUCCAUUCAAGGUUUAUUCGGUGCACAAUUGUCAUUAAAAUGGGUUGUGCGCUUUUUGGUACACAUCAAAUGUCGCGGUGUAUUGACGACAAAAGGGUACUUAGUGAGCCUCUGUAACGAUUGAUAAUAUAGUACCGUUAUUGAUUGUUGUGAAAUGAUAGUUUAUGCUUGUUACUUAAAUUUUGUAUUUUUGUACACCUUGUUUUGCUGCAGUAUUGUAUUGUUACACAUU